AUGCCCACAUUUCUGGUUGCGGAACAAAAUACCGACCUUUCUGCUUUAAUGGACUGGCAAGGUAUUGAAUUAGAUGGCGGGAUGCUGGCAGACAUGGGAAAUAUGUUACAGUUCGAUCUCGAGCCCGCCAGUGCUGACCGGGUCCUCGGCGGCUUCAAAAUGACGAAUCUCGUCUUAGCUGACUUAAAUCAACUAUAUUUUGACCGUCUCCAUGACGUCCUACCCAUGAUACAUCGCCGACGGUACUUUAGCUGGGCAGGUCAGGAGAAGCCAUCUCUUGCUCGAAGCUGUCUCCGGUCCGCCAUGCAUACUGUGGCAGCAGCAAUGUCGACACAAUAUCACAGCCUUGGUGGCGCCCUUUACCAAGAGACGUGCCAAUUACUAGAAUUCCAGUGCAUGCGAACGUUAGCUACAAGUGGUAGUUCUGACAUGUCGUGGCUUACAUCAACCAACAACCCCUGUCCUACACCCUGUAGUGUCAAUGACAAGAUUCCCAUCGAGAUUAUUCAAGCCUGGCUUCUCCUGGCACACUAUGACCUUUUACGCGUUGAUGAGCACCAAGCCAUGGUUACGGCGGGACGUGCAUUCCGACUCGUGCAGCUAGCACGCCUCUACGAUGUCGAUGAGGGCAGCAACGUUGAAGAUAUGUCCAAUAAUCCCGCUGGCCCUGACGAUGACCAGACCGAGGAAAAUCUUGCAUAUGCGGUAGCUGAAGAGAAGAGACGAACUUUCUGGCUCGCCUUUAGCUUUGAUCGCUUUCUCUGCUCACGCAACGAGUGGCCCUUGACACUGCAGGAGGACGCAGUCCGCACGCGUCUCCCCUCCUCGGAGGCAAGCUUUCAGAAUAACGAGCCCACCCAGGUGUGCUUCCUAUCCGAAGCGCUGGCCAUGAGUGGCAGCACCAAUUUUCAUGCGUCCACACUGAUUCCUCUUUCUCCAUUUGCAGAAUGUGUUGUGCUGGCGGCACUGCAUGGUCGGUGCAUGACACAUCGACGAAUGUCGAUGCUAAGCACAGGGACAGCAGCACAAGAAUUUUGGGCGAGGCACGACCAAUUAACAUUGGCUGUAGAGAAACGUGCUCAGAUUCUCGCGCAAAGCCCAUCUCUUAAGACAAUUAAUCGCAACCCCAUGGUGCUCUUCACUCACAUGCUGGCCCAGAAGUCGGUCAUCUAUCUUAGCAGCACUCUCGAAACUGCGCUCUUGCAGCACCAGCAACAACAAGCUGAUGACCGCCAGCUUUUCGCUAGCUCAUACAAGUGGCGAGCUGAGCGGGCAGCGAUCGAAAUAAUGCGCCUUGCCGAGUCAGCUAGGUCACUGGGUUGCUUCAGCGUGCACCCGUUUAUAGCCGACCCGCUUGCUUCUGCUACUGAGUUCUUUAUCCGACGUGCACAGUCUACCAAUAUUGCCAGGGGCUCGGGAAAUUCAAGGAGCAGCAGUAUGAGCGGCAAUGACGGAGAGGUGGAGAGCUUGCUUUUCGUGCUUCGACAUUUAGGCUGCGUGAACAACCUAGCACAAGACCAUCUCAGCACGCUCGAGGCUGAAUAUAGUACAUGGUGUACCGGCGACAGGAGUAUCAACACAAUGAGCAUGAUAUGA